AUGAAUAACUCUACAGUGAACUUCACCACACCUGAAACAUCUACAAACUCCACAACUCAGUCCUUUGGGCUAAUGAACUUUCUGAUAACCUGCAUACACAGCAUAAAUUUCCUGUUUGGUGUUCCUACAAACGUCUAUGUGAUCUGGCUCAUCAUCAAAGGAACAGGAAAUGGGGUUGCAUUAGCAUUCUUCAACCUCAAUCUCUCCAUUUGUGAGACUGUUAACUGUCUGAAUUGUUUGGUCUCUAUACUGGCAAUUUACUUUUCAAGUCUCUCAUUUUUAAUGCUGUUUCUACAAGGACUAAUUCUCACUGGCCGUCCUCUGUUUCAGUGUCUGAUCUGUGUUGAGCGUUACCUGGCAGUGGUUCAUCCUGUAACCUUUCUGAAGUUCAAACCUCUCAGAUAUAGAGUGAUCUGCUGCACUGUGGUCUGGAUAAUUAUUCUUGGAUCCUGUUUCUAUAGUUUGUUUAUUGUAAUCUCACAAAACGUUGUACACAUAUGGUUCUUCUCAACACAGUUCCUCCUCUUCCUCUCCAUCCAGUUAUUUUUCCUUGUGGUUGUUCUCAGAGCUCUAAAGCAGUCAGGACCAGGAGAGAGAGGGAGAGAGAGAGAGGAGGAAAACCACAUUAAGAGAAGAGCGUUUCAUCUCAUUCUAAUAACUUUUGUGAGCAUGACAUUUAUAUAUAUCCCAUAUAGUAUCACAGGAUUCUGUGUCAUUGUAACACAGCAGAAUCAUCAGGUAUAUUGGCUCCCUGGUUUGGUAUGUUAUGUGUUGGCUGGUUUUGUUCAGCCAGUUCUUUAUCUUCACCGAACUGGAAAACUCUCCAGCCUCUGUUCCUCAUAAGACCUGCAAUUGUGUUAUUUUACUAGUUACUUUACUUUCUUAAUGUUGUUUUAGAUAACUUUAAUUCAAUAAUUAAUUAAUGAUUUGUUUAAUUUAAUGUUAUUUUUUUUUAUUUUUUUUUUGUCAUUAAAUGUCCUCAAUACAUUCUUUGUGGAACAAAUAUUUGUACAACUGAUAACACAUUACAUUAAUAUUAAUAUGCUGAUACAUUUGUCAUCAUAGUCUUAGUUAUACAUAGUGUAAUAUUUUCCAUGCAGUCAUUAUGUUCAUUGUAUAAACCUGUUUCAGUCUCUGAAUCCAUUGAACCAAGCCUGGAGGAUCUUCUUCCUUCCAGUGCACUGUUAUCAUAUUUUAGUUGUCAAAUAACAAUAUCCAU